AUGUUUUCACCUCAAGUAGAACAACGUCCCCAACAACAAUCUGCCAUAGUUGGUGGAAAAUACGAUGAUUUACAGCAUCAGCAAUUGAUCGAUGGGAUUCCCGUAACUUAUAUUCUUGAGAAAUUACACCAGCUUGGUCCUCGUUACUAUGGUGAUAAGUUAACCGCAUUUGCUGAACUACACGUAGAAGUCCUUCAAUCUUUAUUCUUUCGUGAAGUAUUUGAAAAUGUAACCAAUGGUGAUAUUAUCACCAUUUCUCUCCCAUCUCCUGAAACUUUUGAACCGUUGUUAGAGUUUUUAUAUAAUGGUGAUGCUGAUAAAUGGUAUGAUACAUUGACGAAAAAAAAAUUUGAAAAAAAAUUAGGCAAAAAAAUUUUGGCAAAAAAAAAAUUUUAUGGCAAAAAAAAUUCGGCAAAAAAAAAUAUUGGCAAAAAAAUUAAUAAAAAUAUUCGGCAAAAUCUUUGGCAAAAUAAAGUUUGA